UAAGCAGUCCUCACAGCUGUCUCAAAUCUAAAAUCAUGCGUUUCUUCGUUAUCUUCACCUCCAUGGUCGCCGCCACUUCCGCUUUCUUGUUCCCAUCCGGAGGAGGUGGAGGAUGCGGAUGUGCCCCACCACCACCACCAGCAUGUGGAUGCGGAGGAGGAGCUGCUCCACCACCAGCAUACGUUGCCCCAGCCCCAGCCUACGCUGCCCCAGCCGGAGGAGCCUACGCUGUCGGAGGACGCAAAUAAGCGAAUCUUUUGACUUCAAUACAGUUUCUGUACAUUUGGAAAACUGAUAUGAAAUAAAUAUUUUUCUUUUGAAACACCACU